AGGCUGAGGUGGAAGCGACUCCGGGAAGAUGGAGCUACCGCAGAUGCCGGAGCUAAUGGGGCUGUCGUUGUUGUUCGGGCUGCUGGCCCUGAUGGCGAUGGCGGCUGUAGCGCGGGGUUGGCUGCGCAUGGCGGAGGAGACGCGCGGCCAGCGCGCUGGCCAAAAAGAAAAUGGAUUUCCACCUGAUAAAUCCUUGGGAUCCAAGAAGCAGAAACAGCAUCAGCGGAUUCGCAAGGAGAAGCCUCAACAACACAACUUCACCCACCGCCUCCUGGCUGCAGCACUGAAGAGCCACAGUGGAAACAUAUCUUGCAUGGACUUUAGUAGCAAUGGCAAGUACCUGGCCACCUGUGCAGAUGAUCGUACUGUCCGCAUCUGGAGCACCAAGGACUUCCUGCAGCGGGAGCACCGCAGCAUGAGAGCUAAUGUGGAGCUGGACCAUGCCACCCUGGUGCGCUUCAGCCCUGACUGCAGAGCCUUCAUUGUCUGGCUGGCCAAUGCAGACACUCUCCGUAUCUUCAAGAUGACCAAGCGAGAGGAUGGGGGCUACACCUUCACAGCCACCCCAGAGGACUUCCCUAAAAAGCACAAGGCACCCAUCAUCAAUGUUGGCAUUGCUGAUACAGGAAAGUUCAUCAUGACUGCUUCCAGUGACACGACUGUCCUCAUCUGGAAUCUGAAAGGUCGAGUACUGUCUACCAUCAACACCAACCAGAUGAACAAUACACACGCUGCCAUAUCCCCAUGUAGCAGGUUUGUGGCCUCGUGUGGUUUUACCCCAGAUGUAAAAGUUUGGGAAGUCUGCUUUGGAAAAAAAGGGGACUUCCAGGAGGUCGUGCGAGCCUUUGAACUGAAGGGCCACUCUGCAGCUGUCCACUUCUUCGCUUUCUCCAAUGACUCCCGGAGGAUGGCCUCUGUCUCCAAGGAUGGUACAUGGAAACUGUGGGACACAGAUGUGGAAUACAAGAAGCAGCAGGACCCCUAUUUGCUGAGGACAGGCCGCUUUGAAGAGGCAGGCACCGUGCUGUGCCGCCUGGCACUCUCCCCUGAUGGCCAGGUCUUGGCCUUGGCCAGUGGCCGCAGUAUUCAUCUCUACAAUACCCGGCGGGGUGAGGAGGAGGAAUGUUUUGAGCAGGUCCAUGGGGAGUGUAUCACUGACUUGUCCUUUGACAUCACUGGCCGGUUCCUGGCCUCCUGUGGGGACAGGGCAGUACGGCUGUUCCACAAUGCCCCUGGCCACCGGGCAGUGAUGGAGGAAAUGCAGGGCCUCCUAAAGCGGGCCUCUAACGACAGCACCCGCCAGAGGCUGCAGCAACAGCUGACCCAGGCCCAGGAUGCCCUGAAGCACCUGGGUGCCUUGAAGAAAUGACUGGGAGAGUGUGGCAGGAAGGAUCUGACCUCCUGCUGCUGCUGCCACUUUUCUUUCCAGGUACUCCCCAGCUGGAAAUCUUUUGAAAGGAGUAUCUUGAUUUUCCAAUUGGUGGCCCCUCUCUUUUUUCCAAUGAAACUGUUCUUCCCUAUUUAGAUCUCUCUUCUUGCUGGCUGUGAUUCCAGGUCUUACUUGACCUCCUGGGCUAAUGACCAAGGUGCUUCUCUUUCUCCUGGGCCCAAGUGGCGGAAUCUGUCUUCACAGAGGAGAGUGGUAAAUAGAAUUGAGAGCGAGAACAAUGUAGUCUUUAACCUUGUAGCAACACACCAUGGUACCCAAGGAAGUUCGCAAUUGUGGAGGCAAAACUUAGGGAACACGUGAAUAUUAACCAGCAGUUUUGCAGGAGGGGAGAUUGGGUUAUUUUCCAGUUACAAAACUCAUAUGGGAGUUAGGCAGAGGCUGGUUUUAAUCUAGUCGAGACAUCUAACUCCAUCAAAAAAUAAUUAAGGGACUUUAUUCUGUGUCUCAGUUUUCUUGUUUGUAAAAUGCUGAGUAACUGUUCCCUGUGACAACCUUGCAGAGAUGUUGUGAGGGUGUGAAGGUAUAAAAUGCCCUGGAUUUGGAAGAAAGGUGGAAAAAAAUAGUAUGUUAUCUGUU